AUGGACUCUCUCACCCUCCCGCCUGAGGCGUGGGUGCACGUUCUUUCGUUUGUGGAUGCCAACAGCAUUGCGAACCGGGUCGGUCUCGUUUCGCACGCCUUCCACGCGUUGGCCACCGAGCCGCAGCUCUGGCGCCGCCUCGUCCUCCGCGACUUCCCCGCCUCAAGCUCCUCGGCAGACUCUGCCAGGCGCAACCUGUACGAAGGCGAGCCCGAUGGCUGGCGCAAGACCUUCUACGCCCACCGAUGGCUUGAGCGCUCGAAGCGGCCCCGGUUCUGUCUUCUGGGCCACGUUGACUGCGGCAAGUCGACCCUCCUGGGGCGCAUGCUGCUGGGUUUGGGCCAGGUCACUCAGCAGGAGGUGAACCGGCUGAGAGAUGCCGCUUUUGAGUGGGGCAAGGGCUCGUUCAUGUACGCGUGGUGCUCAGACCGCACGGACGCCGAACGACAGCGUGGCAUCACAAUCGAAUGGCACGCAAAGGAGUGUACGCUGAGCAGUGGCCGCGAGAUCGAAAUCAUUGACGUGCCGGGCCACCGCGACUUUAACAAGAACGCUUCCAUCGGAGCCUCGAUGGCUGAUGUGGCGAUGCUCGUGGUGGGUGCCGGCCACGGCGAAUUCGAAGCUGGCGUUAGCGACCACGGCUGGUUUCUGGGAGGCACCAACCACCACCUGCUGCUGGCCAAGAGCCUCAGCAUGUCCAAGGUCAUCGUCGUGGUCAACAAGAUGGACGAUCGCAGCGUAAAUUAUAGCCAGACCCGCUUCAACGAGAUCAAGGACGACGUGUUGCGCAUCGCGGGCGGCGUUGGAUACAAGCCCGAAGACUUGGAGGUGGUUCCCAUCUCGGCGUGGACUGGCGAGAAUGUGGUGACGGCGCCGUCUUCGAUGCCCUGGUACAAUGGUCCGAUGCUGUUCGAGGUCAUGGAGCAGGUGGCGAGGGCCGUCACGACGUCGGCGCCCGGCGAGGUGGUGGCCAAGCGGCCGGUGUUCGGUCCCACGCGCGUGUCGAUCUUGCAACGGGUGAACAAGCGGUGCACCACCACCGGCACUGACAUUGCACAGAAGCAAGAGGAGGUGGUGAAGGCGCUGGUGCAGUGGGGAACGCCGACCACCUCCGUCGCCACCUUCACCGUGCGCAGCAUUCAGCGCUUCCAAACGCCCAGGAAUUCGUCGAAGGCAAUACCGCUCCUGCGUAGGGGCAUGGUGCUGCUGGCCGCUGCCGAGCGGGCUGGUGGGAAUGCCCUGACUGGGCGCGUUGAGUCGCUCACGGUCCGUCUCGACCACUCGACCCCGGUCAGCUUGCGUUGCGGCUCCGAGCCCUACUUCAUCAUCCACUCGUCCGCCGCUCCCUAUCGGGUGGACAAGAUCUUGCGCUGCUGGGACAAGGACGGACAGGAGGUAAAGGUCGAUGACGCAUCGGACGGCAAGGCGACAGUGAUUACGGUGAAAGUUGGCAUGAGCACCCUUCUGCUAGUCAAACCGCUCGGCGAUGUGUGUGUCGAGCCGUUCGUGAACAAUGCGGCCAUGGGCACGGUGCUCAUGUUCGACCGGCGGCGCCUCGUGGCCUCUGGGCGCAUUGAAACCGUCCAGCGGCUCGGAAGCGAGGUCAUCGACUGA